AUCCUACGGUCACCUUGUUUGUCUCUCUUCCGUUUCCUUUUCCCGUUUAUUGACGCCUCAAAAUGGUUCAACGCUUGACUUUGAGAAGACGUCUGUCGUACAACACCCGGUCUAACAAGAGGCGCAUUGUCCGCACUCCUGGCGGCCGUCUGGUCUACCAGUACGUGAAGAAGAACAAGACCGUCCCUCGUUGUGGUCAGUGCAAGGAGAAACUUAAGGGAAUCACCCCCUCCAGGCCAAGCGAGCGUCCCCGCCUGUCCAAGCGCCACAAGACCGUCUCCCGCACCUAUGGCGGUGUCCUGUGCCAUGGCUGCCUACGUGAGCGUAUUGUUCGCGCUUUUCUCAUUGAGGAGCAGAAGAUUGUCAAGGCCCUGAAGAGCCAGCGCGAAGCUCUGGUGAAACCAGUCAAGCCCGUCAAGAAGGUUGUGGAAAAGAAGCCCGCCUCUAAGGGUGCUGCUGCCAAAAAGACUGUUGGCAAAACUACCGGCAAGACUGGAGUGAAAACUGCAGGUGGCAAGAAACCCGCACCCAAAGGAGGCGUCUCCAAAGCCAAGAAGUAAAUGAGAAUUAUUGUUUGAGACCUUUAAGCAAUUUUUAUAAUAAAGAAAACUAUUAAAAGUGAAACAAGUA